AUCCACUAAAAAAUUAGAUUCAAAUCCUUAAAUUAGAGACGAAACUCGAUUGGAAUCUGGUCUUUGACCCAUGUCUCUUCCAACUCCUACACAACCAAGCAACCAAAAUAGAGACGAUAAUAAUAAUAACAAAACACUAAAUUUCCAUCGGAGUCCAAAUCUACACCUGCAACUGCAAGUCACAAGUACAAUCAAGCUCACAUCAAUCAUCGACAAUGCCGAUCGGAGACAUAGAAAAGAUGGUAGCAGUAGGUCUUAUUUGGGGAGCAACUAACGCUUUUAUGCGAAAAGGUGCAGUUAUUUGGGACCAAAAAUCCCUUGAAUCCUCACAAUCCUUACAAUCCGCAUCUUCUAAUCUUCACCAACGCAUACUUUUCACACUCAAAAGCUACCUAAAUCUCUUUCUAACAUGGCAAUAUUCAGUCCCUCUCAUCCUAAAUCUCUCUGCUUCGGCUUCAUUCUUCGCCAUUCUUGGUCACACUUCAAUUUCUCUUGCUGUUCCUGUCACAAACGCGACCACUUUUGCUGCUACUGCUGUAAUGGGGAUUCUUUUAGGGGAAAAAACUCGACUUGGGUAUGCUUUAUUUGGUACUUUUCUUAUUGUUUUGGGUGUUUGGCUUUGUGUUAUGUGAUCAAAAUUGAAAAUUAUUUUGUGGGUUAUUUGGGUUUUAGAUAUUAGAAUUGCCAAUUUGAUCUUUUGUACUUUUUUUUUUUCUCUUUUUGAUUGUAUAAAAAGGUGCUGUCUUCUAUAAUUUUGUUCUAUGCGCAAGGGUUUCCAAUUGAUUUAUUCUGUUAUUUGAUCUAGUAAAUGUUAAUUUUUUAUAGGGUUAUACAUUGCUGUUCAAUUAUGCUACAAAAAUGCUAAAGAUUUGAUUCUGUAUUCCUGUUUUUACUUUUUAAUGGGUAUUGGGAAGGUAACUUGAAGAAAGAAAUAGUGUUGAUGAUGCUUGCUUGAGAUUAGCAAGAAUGGGCAAAUUUUUACUUGUGGAGAAACCAAAUUAUACAUUAACGUGAAUCAUUGUGGUUCAAUUGGAUAUGUUUUGGUCCAUGUGCAUUGUUGUCAAACUACUUGGCGGAAGACAAUGUUUUCGUCUCCGUUAAAUAGAAAUGUUUUCUAUGUUUGUUGGGUGACAACAUUUUGAGGACUUCUAUUGCAACUAUUUAGGGGUUGUAUGUUUUCUCUUGGAGAUUUAAGGAUCAAAGUGUUGGAUCACAGUUCACGAGAGACCGUCUUCAAAAUAAGAAAUUUAUAUACUACUUAUUAUGUUAGUUGGGCUAUUCGUCUACACAAGAUUUUGUGAUGUGUUAUUAUAAGUUAUUAAAGCUAUUCUUUUGCUCAACUUAAAGUUAUCUAAAUAAAGUCAAAGGGUUCGGACUUAAUGUAUGUGGAUCUUAAAUGUGUAGAGACUUAUUUUAUAACUGUGUUCUAUAAUGGGGUGUGUACUAUGAUGGGCUGAAUGCUAGUUAUAGGCUAUUAUUAUACUCCCUCCUAUUCAGCUGAACUGUCCCAUUUGACUUUUCACACUUGCCGAAGCAACAUUUUAACUCUUAAUAUCUCAAAUUAUGCUUAA